UGAGGUGUUGGCGUGACUUUGCUGUAAUAUUAGAAUAACAAGUGAACAUCCAGGAUGUGAUGCAAGGCACGGAAACCCCUGUCUGGCAAAUACAGGCACAGUCCUGGUGAGUCCGCCUGCUGCCAGCUGGUCUGUUUUCAGAGCCGUCUGCGUUGCUCCGUCCCAGCUAGCUCUCUGAAUAUAGGUCAGACCUGUAUCUGGGUGAGGAGGCACAUGAGGUAUAGAGGGCGAGGGCUGGACUACUUUGACCAUUCUGUCUACUGCUCCGACGAACACGAGCCCACUGAUUCUUAAAGACUUUACUGCGCUCUGCUGUUUCUGUCAGUUUUCCUCCUUUGGUUACUUUUUAUCAGUAGUUUAGUUAAACCUUUGGUGACUACCUCAAAUCUACACAGCAAUCAUCUGAUCACUUAACCUAGUUAGUGGUUAACAAACAGCGGCGCUGAAGGUGGACUCCCACGGAGCCCCGAAGCAGACGGACUGACCUACAUCCCGUACAAGUCAACGACAAAAGCAGGGCAGCGGCCUGACGGGCAUCGUAGCCUUGCUGAAGAUUGAGGGAGACGCAGAUCCACUCAAAGUCACCCCCAGCUGAACCACAGAGGCGACUUUGAACUAUCUGCCAAGGCAGUCAGAAGACCCCUUGCCCAAAACACACUCUUGUUUCUUUUUUUAAAUUUCCUCCGUCAGAACACUACUUCAAUGUCUGAGGUUUUUGUGGAGUUCCACCUCUUUUUAAUCUUCCUGGCUAAUUUUGACACUUGAACAUUUUAAUCCUGAAAACAGAAAUAAAUGAGGCUAUCUCUUCGAGGAGCACACAUACCUCAUCUAAAAGUUUUUGCUGAUCCUGCGACAUAGGUCAGACAUCUUAGAAACAAAGAAGAAGGCUCAUAUAGUUUAUAUCUAUUCCCUCCCCCUUCUGCCCUCUGCUAGAGUCACACUCUGGCACCCAGCUGGGAAGAAAUGGAAAGUCUCAGUCUACACCUCCCAUCCACCAGCAACACAAAUGCCAUGGAGGUUGACUCUUUUUCCCCCUACAGCGCGAGCCUCCCGUCACCUGUCUCUGAAGGAGGAGCCCGUGUCAGCCGUCAGGCUAAAGGCUCCAAGCAGAAUGUGACCUCCCGUCGCAAGCGAGAGUUCAUUUCUGAUGAGAAGAAAGAUGCGUCCUAUUGGGAAAAACGGAGGAAGAAUAACGAAGCAGCCAAGCGCUCAAGGGAAAAGCGUCGCCUCAAUGACAUGGUGUUAGAGAACCGGGUCAUGGCACUGAAUGAGGAAAACGUUCGUCUGAAGACAGAGCUACUUCAGCUCAAGUUGCGCUUUGGCCUAAUCAGCACAGCCUCCUACAUGGAGAAAAGCCAGCAGAUCUCCAACAGCGCUGCUGAGGCCAACAAUUGCAGUAAUGGCACCCCAAACAGUAAUGCCUACCUCUCAAGCAGCGGCUACUCCAGUGCGUCCCAGGUGAUGCUGAAUUCGGACUCGUCUGAAACUGAACAGUCAAGCCGAGGCGAGCGCCACUCCUCGCUCCAAAGGUACUCUCCACGGGGGUCCGUGUCUGACAUGUCUGAUGGCUCCUCCAGAGACAGCCCCGAACCCAUGGGUUACACCAUAAAGAAGGAGCCCUCAAGCGUGGAGAUGGCUGCACUGGAAAGCAACAGGAUACCCAGUGGAAUGGCAAACGGGGCUUACCAUGGCAACCAUGGUGCUCCUCACCAGCAAAGCACCCAGUUGUCAGAAAGUGCUAUGGAUUACCAGCAUCACCAACCACAGCAGCAGCAGGCCCACAUGGAGGCCUCUAGUCCUGCUCCUCAGGCCACCUCAGCACAGAGGAGCGUCAUCUUGUACCGCUCCAGCAGCGGCUGUUACCCCAUGGAGAGCCAGAGGCCAGAGGACCAGCAGUCCCAGCAGAGCAGAUCUUCCCAGCACAGCCAGCACUCUUUGACCUCCAAGUUCUCAGACUGCUCAGUCACCAUCUCAGAGGUUGCUGAGAAACUAGAGAGGACAAAGACUUUGGACUCACCGCAGUAUGAAUUCUCCAGUGGUCAUGCUGAGUUAACAGAGGAGAUGCAACAAAGGUAUGAUCACGCCCAACAGCAGCAUGACAACCUCCAUCACUGCAGUUACCAGGGUCAGGAGAACAGUCUUCAGCACACUGAAAGCCACCAGGAUCCCUUUGCCCCUGAUCUUAUCCACAACAAUGAGGAGGGCAAGUCCUCCUACAUACAGCACAACGGCUACCUCAACACACUGGACGAAGAGCCCCCGGUGCUCACCUAUGAGGGAGGCCCACAAGCUGAUGGUUUCUAUCAGGAAAACUCCUCUGCUAAAGACACCUCCUCAAGCGACGGAGACCCUCGAAGCUCGGACAAGGAGGGCUCCACAGAUGAUGAGUCCCCCUCAUCAUCCUCCUCAGACAUCAGCAGCUACCAUCAGAAGACAGAGGGAGCUGCAGGUUUGCACGGCGAGUGCCACGCCGAGGUCAAAGCCACUGCCUUGCCCCACAAGCUCCGUCUCAAGUACAGGGCUCUGUCCAACGGGGCUACUGGAGUCCAGAUGGAGGGACUGGUCAGCAGUUCUAUGUCCCCUUCUCCCACUCUGCCCCAGCACCCGUACUUAGCUCUACCCAGCAACUCUCACAGUGGCCAGGCCAACGGGGACAGCAAAGAGAUGGACAAUGAGACAGAGUACAUGAGAGAAGCCAGGCCUCAGGUGGACGAGAAGGCAGAGGCCAAGAAGGAGGGAGGGAAAAAGGGAUCCAGCAGUGGGAGGGGUGGGCGAAAUAAGAGGCGAGAUUAAGGACAAAAAAACAGCUUGAGACUUUCCUCUCACCUCUCCCUCGUUUGCAGCAGAAAGAUGGCCGUGACUCACACUGGCACCUUGUAAAACAGGAAAAAAAAAAAGCAGGUGUUGAGCGUGAGGUGUAGUAAGGAUGUGAUAUCACCAUCAAGCUUCACUGUGUCACCUGUCCCCCUGACUUUACUCUCUCCUACCUCCCACUGAUCCCUCUAUUUAAAGUGAUAGAGUAACGAGGGCUGCGACGAAUGAAACUCUUCAUUGCUGCAGUUUGGGAUAUUUCCCUUGUGGAAAAUUCAAACGUCAUUCAAUUAUUCAUCAUUGUAAACUGCCUUAGUGGCUGGCCAGUGUUUAUUGUGGCAUUAUGGGAAUAUUCCUUUAACCAAAGACACACAUCCUUCAUUUACCGAGUCCCUUUUUGGCAAAGAGUUGCAUUCUUCCUCCCUCUCUCCCCUCUUCUUCCACCCCCUCCACCCUCUUAUCCAUCUGCACACAAGUCCCCUUCACCUCUGAAGCACUUAGAUUGUAUAUUACUGUGACAUAUAAAUUUGCAUAUAUGGAAUAUAUUUUUUAAGAAGAAAAAUGUGGCAAAACAAUAAAAAAAAAUAAAAAAAAUACAGAAGUGGGAUGCGGACGUUGUAGACUUAAAAAGUGACCCGUUUGUUGUUUCGAGACACCUUGUACAGUCCUUUUGUCCAAAAGAAUGCCUCAAAGAUUUUCUUUUAUUAAAACAAUGAGCCGAAACUUGUACAAAAAAAAAAAAAAAGGAAAAAAAAAGUAAGGUACAUUUUUUCAGACUUAUGGUUCAGAUCGUGGUCUUCGUUCACAUGAUUUGUGCUCUUUGACACUCAAAAGCUGUCAAACAGUCAAGGCCAGUUAUUCGCAUAUCAGCCCAGCCAAGGCUACGCAGUCACACAUUGCUGUUUUCAAAAUCUGUCAAGCACAAGGCGAGCCUUGUUUGCCAGCCAUUCGACAAAAACAGUGCGUUUUCAUUUCAAGGCAAAAAUUGUAUACCUAAUAAAGGAAAUGGCUCUCCAGUCACAACCAGCAAAGCUGCUCUCUCUUCAUAAGGUGCCUCUUUAUUGUGUUGUUUAUUGUCCCAACGUUGGCCAAUGUCUUAACGAUCCCACUCACCUCCGCACUGAGUUGUUUUAGCUACAGUAGCUUCAGUAAAUCAUACAGUAUGUACAAGUUUUAACUGUUUCACUUCCUGGUGCCUGCCUCUGGCCAAUAUGUAUAAAUGUAAAGUUGUCUCUCUAUCUCUUGUAUACUGCUGUCAUAUUUUAUUAUUUUAUUAAUAUUUUCUAUUGUAUUCGUCAUUAUUUUUUUGGCUAUUAUAAUAAUAAUUAUUAUUAUUAUUAUGUGUAUUUUCCUGUCAUUCACUUGUGUCAUUUUGCUCUAUGCUCUUCCUGGUCGUGCUGUGUAUUUACCCAUGCUACCCUUUGCCCCAGUUACCAUUUGUACUCUGUGUUACUGUAUAACCUUUGUCGUUUGCCGAAAGGCUUUCCCAAUAUGGAGAAAAAAAGAAAAAAAAAAAGAAUAAGGCCUGGCUUGUCCAGAAGUGAUUAUGUAUUGCUAUACUUCACGUGGAUAUGCAAAUGGUUACAGAAAACACUCAUUUUUGAUUGUGAAAGAUUUGAAAUGGGGGAAAAAUAAAAAAAAGUUUGUUGAAUUUA